AAAAUCUUCUUUCACUUUCGUAUUUUAAUUCGCAGAAAGUGGAAAACAAACUUUGAAACAAACAGGAACAUGAUCGUCCAUAUCGAUGCUGUGUAUCAGACGUGUGGGAAGGCCUUGUUGUGCUUUAGGUAAGUUGUAUAGAAGUAACUAUGAUUAAAUAAAGGUUAUGAUAUUAUCAUACCCCUCAGUCGCAAACCACGGGUUAUUGUUAAAAUGUUUCAUUCGGUUUGUGAAAUAGAAUGAAACGAAUGUAGGAAAAAAAGUCACAGGAAAAAAAGUCACGGAUAAAAAGUCACAGGAAAAAAGUCACAAUAUACAUUUUGUAUAAAAAUCACAUAGAUGUAGGAAAAAAAGUCACAAUGUAUAUUUUGUAUAAAAAAGUCACAAUGCAAUAUAUAGAUUCUAUUAUAUUAUAUGUAUAGGGGAAAAUUCAUAGUAAAACAAUAUAUUUUGAUAGAAAAGGGUCACAUAUACAAAGGGGGAGAAAGUCACAGUAGACUAUAUUAUAUUAUGAAAGAAAACUACAUGUAGAUCUAUAUAUAGAAAAAAGUCAAUUAUAUAAGGAGAAAAGUUUUACUUAAAUUUGAUUCAAAGCACAGGAGUCGGCAAUUUUAUCAAUAAAGUAGAAAUAUAUGAGAAAUGGGCAUAAAUACUACCACUGAGCUUCGCGAGCAUAGCGAGCGAAGCGACAGGAAUGCAACACGAUUUCGGCAAAAUCUGCUCCGGUGCUAUGUUGCGUGAAAAAGACAGCAGUACCUGGUAUAAAUAACAUCAGUCGAUGUGUCCCACCUGAUUUCUGGAUCAGUGACCCUUUUAAUAGUCGUUCCUCCAAUUAUACAUAUCUUAAGCGGCUUUUUAUAAGUACGUAAGCGACUAAUCACGUGAUACCCGACAUUUGAGGCGGUGUAAAUACAAAGUACAAAUCAAAGAAAUAUGGUAAAACGAUGUGCAUGGGGCACUUGUAACAGUGAUUCGCGCUACAAAGACAAGGAAUAUAUGAGAGAUGUUACUUUCUGGCCAAUUCCUAAGCCCAAAACAAGAUUACGCGAAACUUUAGUGUGGGUGAAAGCAUGCAAUAGGAAAAAUUUCACUGUGAAAAACGUAAACAAACAUGCCUACGUAUGCAGCAAGCACUUUGUGGAAGGUCAGCCUACAGAGAAAUAUCCGUACCCGGUUAUUGCAGGAUCGUCAUCCCAGGGAAAACCAUUGAGAAAACCCCCAACUAAAAAGGCUAACAAUCAUGAAACCCCAACCACCACAAAGCUUUCCUGUGAUGUUGAUAUCGAAACCGUUCCUACCCCGGCAGCAUUUAUUGUGAUAGAUGACGUAGAGGAUAUUGCAACUGAUUCUUUUGAUGAUAUUGGGAAGUCUGACCAUCUCCCAGAGCAUGGAUAUUCAUCCAAGAAAGUAAUGGUGGAUCAAGCAGUGCAAACCACAAUAAAUAAAGAACAUCUCUGUGAUUAUGAUGAUGAUAAUUUGAUGAAUGGAGGAAGCAUGCGUAGACAAUUCAUUUUGAAGGAUGUCAUGAAAGAUGACAACAGCUGCAAGUUUUAUACUGGUUUGUCCCUGGCAAUGUUUGGGUUUCUCUUUGUGUUCCUGUCUAAGUCGGCAAAGAGUAUGACAUACUGGAGAGGCAGUGAGACAAGUAAUGAAAGAAAACAGACUCCAAGGAAAGGUCCUAAACGUAUACUGACACUAAAUGAGGAGAUGAUCUUAAUGCUUCUGAGACUGCCAAGAGGUUAUGACACCAUUUCUCUCGGAAACAUGUUCGGAAUAUCUGACACUUUGGUAAGCAGAAUUUUUGUAACAUGGACUUCUUUGGUAUCUAAGGAACUUGGAUUCUUGAUUCGCUGGCCAAGCAGAGAACAAGUAAGAUUUAAACGUCCAGCAUGUUUCAAACAUUUUCCCAAAACACGUUGUAUUAUUGACUGUACAGAGUUUUUUGUGCAAAAGCCAAGUCUGCCAUCAUCACAAAGAAUAACUUAUUCUUCCUACAAACAUCAUAACACUUUCAAAUGUUUAGCUGGAAUAACACCAAGGGGGUCAUUUUCCUUUAUAUCCAACUUAUUCACUGGCAGCAUAUCGGAUAAGAAAAUUGUUGAGCAAUCUGGUUUCCUUGAGAAUUUGGAAUAUGGAGAUGACAUUAUGGCAGACAGAGGGUUCUUGAUCAGGGGGGAGUUAGCUCUUAAAGGAGCGACAUUAAACAUUCCUCCAUUUGCAAUGGGAAAACAAAUGUGUAGCGCAGCAACAACGAAAACAAGGAGAAUUGCUCAUGCAAGAAUUCAUGUUGAAAGAGCAAUAGGUAGACUGAAAAACUUUGCCAUUUUACAGGGUACCUUACCAUUAAGAAUGAAGACUCAGUUUGACAAUGUAGUUAAAGUUUGUGGUAUUCUUUGUAAUCUAGACAAGAACUUGUUAAAUGAGUUGAUGAGUAUAAUUUGUAAUACUCAAAUGUUUCUCUAAGUGAUUACCUAUCAUAGAUUUGUUGCAUUGAUAUUUUAAAAAUAUUUAAGUUUAUCCAUUUAAGAUAAACAAAAUUAUUGACUAAGAAUCGAACUAAUUUAUCAAGUCAAUAUUGCUUGUAUUUCGGUUAUUGCAUGUAGUACAUGUACUAGGUUUUACUUUUACAUUUAAUCUUUCAAAAUGACGCAAGCAUUCCUUUGCGCAUGCUUCCCCCUUUUUUGCUUGAAACUUCCCAGUGGGUUGGUCACAUGAAAAUCCCCACCCACUCUCCCCAAAUUUUGUAUAGGUAAAUUUCCUGCAUGGUUAAGAGGACUUUUUCUGCUGCGGAUUUUGCUUUAAAUUUCAGAUUCAGCAUCAUGACUUCUUAAAGGGACAUGUUGAGGGUACAUCAUUGUGCGGAAAGAGACAUUAUGUUGAAGCUACAUCAUUGUGCGGGUCUGGCGGGAUUUUGCUAUCUAGAGAGCCAUUCACUGUUGGAUACUGUCAUUUCCAGGUCCUUCGGUGGUGUGGUUUUCUACUCACUGAACAUAUGAAAAUAAUUAACAAACACCUGUAUACAUAAGAUAUUACAAUUUCUAGAGAUUUAUUGACAAUCCAAUCUAUUUCGGAUGAAAUAAAUCAAAUUUGUACAUACAACUAAAAUUACAAUAAAUGUGAAAUGUCA